AUGCUAAAGCUAUCAAAUGGCGAGAAAAUGGAAAUUCCUAAUGUCGUGAGAACGGUUAUCUCGUCGCGUCUCAUACAUCUGUAUCACACCUAUUGUAUAGAGACGAACUUCAAACCGCUCGGGAGAUCAACGCUUUUUAAUAUCCUUAAGGUAACGCCCUGUUUUAUUCUUUGGUUUUUACAUGCUGGUGAUUGCGCACUGUCGCGAGCAAAGUGUAUGUGAAAUGAAGAUCAGCGUUAGUUGUGGGUUUUGUUUCCUUGGUGAUAGGCUGUUACUAUCACACUUUAAAUAAAUACUAAAUCAGAAAUGUUUUGAACUUCAGAUGUGCACCGCCUCGCAGAAAAAGUCAUCGGCGGGUCUGGACAGCACGCAGACGGAUGGUGUCAAUGCAGUCGCCUCCCUAGAGGAGAUAAUUGAUUUUCUGAAGGAAAUUGCUGAGAAUGAUGACGAUGUAUCUAUAUUUGUGGCUUUUUAACAGUAUUUUCUGAGGGGAGGUAGUCCAGGGCUCACCAUGGAAGGGAGAAUUUGAGUAUGUUAAGGUUGAGAGAAAGUUUAGAGAAGUCUCACCCUCUCUGACUAUGAAGCCAUCUUUACAUUCUAACACCCGAUUCAUUCAAAACCUGCAUAUGCUUAAAAGCUACGACCGUUUUCAUUUGCGUGCCUGCAUAAUCAGCGCUAGGGAUUGUUGAAAUUCAGGUCAGUUUUGAAAUAGGAACCAUUGCUCUUGUAAGUGUCCUUAUCUACGUGGUCCUCCUUGAAACUUGCCCUUUUGCUUAUAAUCAUUGACGUCUCAUGGAUUGCACAUGCUAUUAAGGGCACACGAGCGUUUACAACCAAUGUAUUCCUCUUAAUGCAGGCCUUCAAGAUGAUAAGGCAAGAGAAAUUGCCUCACGUCUGCGAGCUGGUAAACGCUAUCUGUCCACCGACUUUAAGCUGCACAUUUCAAGCACAUUUUCAAUUGUGCAGAUCAUUGCAGUGUAUACACGCUGAGUAGCGAUGAAGCUGAGUAGCGAUGAAGCUGAGUACCGUGAAACCUGUUCACAUCAGCACAGCAUCGGCUGUGAGGUCUUUUUCUUUAUGAGUAUAUCCCACAUUUUGCAAUCAAAAAUUGAAUUUUACCAGCAAAUAGUAGAAUGCCGUCAUAUACAUUGAAUUUUGUUGUUACUUAUAUUCUCUUUCUCUCCAUAACAACAAAGAGAAACAGGAGGAACUCCAGCAUGACCUCUAAUCGGCCAUACCAAAACUUGAAGGAUGGAAGUCGCACAUUGUACGAUCUGUUCACCAAGAUGCUGCAAAGACUGCUGCUGUCGAUACCCUUUCACAAAGCAGCGUGUUUUUAAUCAUGAAUUAG